AAAUUUUUAAAUAUAAUGAAUUUGACCAAAACUUUUUCUCAAUGUUUACGUUUGGCAGUUAGACCCUCUUCAAAUUUUUGGGUAGAAUUUAGUUUAAUUGUUGCAAUCAAUUUCAUUUGGUUUGCUUUUCUGCUAAAUCACAACGUCCGCUCCAGUUGCAGCUGUUUCAUCCCGUCCGGAACCGAGUCAACCGAUGGUCUAGCCUGCGACGCGCUCGGCUGUUGCUACGUCAAUGGCGCAGCCACCAGCCAGGGACUUGGAUUAAAGUCAAAAAUAUCAGGUACGCCAGGUGGUGUUGCUGCAAUCGGUUUGCCGUCGGACAUUCCCCUAACCAGAAUAUUCAGCGGUUCCGAUUCGAAGGAGGCAGCCACAGAAGCACAGACUGCUUUGGUUCAGCAAUACGCUCCGGCAGGACGAUGCUCGUGGAAGAUCACGCAGUUCCGGUCCUGUGCACAAGAACAGGCCGAUUUGACCCUGUGCGAAGGUUUCAACGAGUCGCUCAGGCAUUAGUAGCAGAGUCCUUGCACCUACAGCUUGUCGAGUGAGCAAUUCCGACGAAACCACACCGUUCGCACCAAGUUGGAUCACAAUAAUAAGUGCGACGUCGAGAAGAAGACUUCCCGAGAGCUACAAGCAAUGCUACAAGAUUAAAUAGAGGGUAUUUUUAACGUGACCAUGGUAUAACGUAGCGGAUCUAGACAGAUUUAUCCCGCAGAAUAAGAUAGCAAAAUUACCCAAAAACUAACAGCUGCUCUCGUUAGAUUAAAUCCCAGGAAAUAUAAUUUUCAUU